AUGGACGCCGCAUCGAACAUGGCCAAAUCUGCCUCUGACACCGCCCAGAGUACCUUCAACUCCGCCAGCGAAUCCGUCAAGGGCACCACCGAGCAGGCUAGCAAGGAGGGAAACAAGAAUAUUGCAGAGGACUCCGACCAAUCUGCAGGCACCCGUGCCUCAGCCGCGAAGGACGCUGCUAGCAACAAGGUCGGCGAGGUCAAGCACUCUUCCUAG